AUGCGAUGCGAGGCUUGUGAAGAGGAUAUCCGUAAAGGCAGUUCAAAGAUAAAAUGUUGUAAUCUAAAUUGUGAAGUUAUCCUACAUCAGAAAUGCUUCUCAUCGAUUGCCAAAGUUAUAAAACUAGAAAAAUCCGACCGGCUGUGCAAGAACUGCGAUGAAGAUAGUGACACAUUAACCACAACCGUGAUAUCGUAUAGCGAUGGAGAUGUAAUCAAGGAGCUUGCUAAAGUGAAAAGUGAUGUUCGGCUACUAACUGAUCUUGUGAAUGAGUUAAAAUCUACUGACAAAAUUUUGCUCAACAAAAUUGAACAGAUUACAUCCAGCAGGUUUCCCGAUGUACAAAUACAGCAGAAUACUGAACUUCCCGUACUUUAUAGUCAGGUUGUGUCAAAAACUGUAAGCAAUCAUUCCAAGUCUGUUUUAAUUAUUACGUCAAAUGAUCAAAAAGAAUCAAACUCCGAGGUUUUAAAUACUGUUAAAGCGAAUGUUAACCCUGCUGCCGAGAAAAUAAGUAUCAAUGGUGUUAAGCUUAUAAAAAAUGGAAUGUUGAUUAGUUGCUCUAACGAAGAAUCUUUAGAAAAACUUAAGGGUGUAUUUCAGAAUAAGUUUAACAGUAAGUAUGAAGUAACAGCUCCCAAACCCUUCAAACCCCGUCUCUUGAUUACUGAUGUUGAUAAAUCACUAGAUGAUAGAAACACUUUCCUCGAAUCAAUAGUCCAAAAUAAUGAUUACUUGGCUGAUUGUGAUAUAAAGGCACCCAGGAGUAACUCUGCACACAAUAGAAGCAAUCCACACCUUUGUGCCUACCCAAACUGA